AUGGAACCCAAGAUUGGUUGGCUGUCUACGCUGGCCGAGCAGACACGACAGUUUUACAACUCCAGUCCCUGUUCUGGCCCUUCGCUGCAGACAAAGUACAUAACUGCGCUCUACUUCACCUUCUCCAGCCUAACCUCCAUCGGUUUCGGCAACGUCAGUCCCAACACCAAUGCAGAGAAAAUCUUCUCAAUCAUAAUUAUGCUUGUUGGCUGUAAGUUAGAACUCCAGUAG